ACUUCAUGCGGGCUUCAAAAAUGGCCCUGGGCAGCCGGGGAGGGAAGAGAGGAAGCGAAGCGCUGGCUCGCCGAGGCCAGCAGCACGGCGGAGACAGCUGUCCCUCCUAGCGGAGCGUCACUCAACCGGCCUUGGAGCGGAGGGGUCACGGACGCCACUACUUUGGUUGACUUCGGUGCCACUGGAAUGGAGCCGUCUUUCUAACGGGGCCGCCUCCGUCCAGGGGCAAAGCGCCGCUCCUCGGGGCUAGGUCUGCUCUUCGGCGCGCCUGCCUUUCCUGCCGGAGAUGCUGCGAGGAGUCAGGAUGUCCGAGGCAGCCCUCAGCACAGCCCGAGGGCGCGCUCGCUCCUGAAGUAGGGCCAGCCGGAGCUUUGGGUUGCUCUUCUGAGGCGCUCGCCCCACCUGCCCGAGCCCCGCUCCCUUUUCUUUCCCCAUGUGGGAUUCUCUCCGGGAGUCUCUCGGCGGGCGUGAGCGCCAGAGCGCGAGGAAAGGAGCACACCUGCCCAUGGAGUUCCCGAAUGGGACCGCGGGCCCCUAGCCGGCGCAGAGCGUGAACCCCGAGCGAGCCUGGCUCUCCCCCUCCCCCUCCUUUUUAUUAGACCCCGCUUCCCUCCCCCUGUCCCCCUCCUUCGGCACCAUGGUACCUGCCCUGAGGUCCAUCGGGUCUGUUGCUCCCGUAUCAGGGCUGCUGCCAUUCCUCGCCACCCUUCCGAUGAGACUGCCAGGAGGAGGUAAUCGUUGGGGCAGUCGGAAAGUACAGUAAUCGAUCGUCCUCAGCAAGAGUUUGCCCCCCUCUCCCCCCCCCUUUUUUUUUUCUUUAAAGAAGAAGAUCGGGAGCCGUUUCUCAGAGACAGGUAUUUCUGCUGCUCUUCCGCACCCUCUUCCCCCUCCCCACGUCUUCUCCUCCUCCUCCUCCUCCCCAAAGGACACUAGACAAGAACUUUUACAGGGUUACUAUGCAAUUGCGACUGGUUUCUUGGUUCUUUAUCAUUUGGAACUUAAUGGAAUACGUUGGCGGCCAGGAGCACCCUUCCAGAGUCCGGCGACAGGGAAGAAUGCAUCGCAAUAUGAGCCAAGCUUGUCAAGGAGGAUGUGCAACAUGUUCUGAAUAUAAUGGAUGCAUGUCGUGUAAACCUAGACUCUUCUUUUUUCUGGAGAGGAUUCGCAUGAAACAGAUUGGGGUAUGUCUUUCAUCCUGUCCUCCUGGGUAUUUUGGACAACGAUCCCCAGAACGAAAUGAGUGUACAAAAUGUAAAGCUGACUGUGAAGCCUGCUUCAAUAAAAAUUUCUGCACGAAGUGUAAAAAUGGAUUUUACUUACACCUUGGAAAGUGCCUUGAAAACUGCCCUGACUGGCUGGAACCCAACAAUCACACUAUGGAAUGCAAUGAUAUUGUGCAUUGUAAAAUUAAUGAAUGGAGCCAGUGGAGUCCUUGCACAAAGAAAGGAAAAACAUGUGGUUUCAAAAGGGGAAAUGAAACAAGGGUCAGAGAAAUCUUACAACUUCCUUCAACAAAAGGCAAAUUAUGCCCACAUACAAGUGAAACAAGAAAAUGUGUUGUACAAAAAAAGAAAUGCCAGAGAGGAGAAAAAGGGAGAAGGAAGGAAAGAAGAAAACAGCCAAAGAGAGAAGAAAGCAAGGAAACCAGUCAGGAAAACAGAGACCAAGAAUCCAGAAGGCAGAACAGAGAUCGGGACAACAAAAACAAAAUGCAACUGAAGAAAAGGAGAGGGCAGGAUAAACAGCAGAAACUAGUUGCCAUCAGCACUGAACACUAACCGCCUUACACCACUGUUUAAAACUAUUGCUGCUGCUAUCACCACCAGAUCCCCAGGGUCAGUGUUCCCCAAUUAUCACCAAUAGACAAUAUUACAAGUUAUACUUAAACAACAUUCCAAUACUUACUAUAUUCUUCAUGCAAUCACAGUUUAUUCAAGAGACUGACGUGAAACAAGAUUUUUUAUUUUUUUCUUUAAAUGGGAUACUUUCAACCUUAUAUUACAUGCUUCCAUGCAUCUCUAAGAGUGUCUCAGCAGGUGGCACCGCCUGGUUGAUCUUGUCAGGCUUGGAAGCUCGGCAGGAUUGGGCCUGGCUAAUUCUAGAAG